ACACCCCGGGAUGGGAGCCACACGUGAGGGGCUAAGUCAGUUAGGAUGGAGCCGAGUAAGAUGUCAGGUCCUCAGGCUCCCUAGCCUCCUUCUAGAUGCCCCUCCGUAUUGCACAGCAACGGGUAGAGCACCCCGCGCUCCCCGACGUCCUCAGGACCGCGCUGCUCUAAGGCGCUGGGUCUCCGAGUGUGGCCUGACACCAGCCUCCCGCUGAGGACUCCUCGGCGAUGCAGAUUCCCGGGCCGCAGACCCCAGGGCUCGGAGCAGCACCCUCCCCCCCAGUGCGCCCUGGCCCCCCAGGACCCCCCAAAUGCCGCCGGAGGCUGAGGACCACAGCCUCAGGAGGAGUGAUCCACUCAGCAUAUAUAAGCAGGAAGCCAAGGAGGGCAGGAUGACUCUGCCGGCUUCGGUUGCGGAGAACUCGCCGAGACUUGGAGGUGCUGAGCAACGGGGAGCACUCCCACCGGCUCGGACUACGUGACCACUCAUGUCUAAGGCCCACAAUCCUUGGCCAUAUCGGAGGCACAAUGUUGUUAUUCCCCGACAGCAACCAGAAAAAGAAAUGAAUUUUGUCCAGCAGCAGCCGCCGCCAUCUGACACGGCAGCAGGACAAAUGAUGUAUCCCCCAAACUGUCAGGUGGGAGUGCAGGAUCCGGUUUAUCUCACCAAGGAGUUCAAUUUGCUGACACUGAACCCCCAGCAACCAGGAGGAAACAGGCACCAACAGAUGGCAAAGGGCCCCGAGAAGAGCCUGUACAGCCAGUACGAGCAGAAGGUGCGCCCCUGCAUCGACCUCAUCGACUCCCUGCGGGCGCUGGGCGUGGAGCAGGACCUGGCCUUGCCGGCCAUCGCCGUCAUCGGGGACCAGAGCUCGGGCAAGAGCUCCGUGCUGGAGGCGCUGUCGGGGGUCGCCCUCCCCAGGGGCAGCGGAAUUGUGACCCGGUGCCCGCUGGUGCUGAAGCUGAAGAGGCAGCCGCACGAGGCGUGGAGGGGGAGGAUCAGCUACCGCAAGACGGAGCUGCAGCUCCAGGACCCCUCCCAGGUGGAGAAGGAGAUCCGCCAAGCUCAGAACAUCGUAGCUGGGCAGGGACUUGGCAUCAGCCAUGAGCUCAUCAGUCUUGAGAUCACCUCCCCUGAGGUCCCCGAUCUGACCCUCAUUGACCUCCCCGGCAUCACCAGGGUGGCUGUGGGAAAUCAGCCCCAGGACAUCGGAGUGCAGAUCAAGGCACUCAUCAAGAAGUACAUCCAGAAGCAAGAGACGAUCAACCUGGUGGUGGUCCCCUGCAACGUGGACAUCGCCACCACGGAGGCGCUAAGCAUGGCUCAGGAGGUGGACCCCAAAGGAGACAGGACCAUAGGAGUCCUGACCAAACCAGAUCUAGUGGACAGGGGCACCGAAAAGACCGUGGUGAACGUGGUGCAGAACCUCACGUACCAUCUCCAGAAGGGCUACAUGAUAGUGAGGUGCCGGGGCCAGGAGGAGAUCACAAACCAGCUGAGUCUGGCUGAGGCAACCGAGAAGGAAAUGAUGUUCUUCCGAACACAUCCGUAUUUCAGAGCUCUCCUGGAGGAAGGAAAGGCCACGGUGCCCUGUCUGGCGGAAAGACUUACCAAGGAGCUCAUCUUGCACAUCAAUAAAUCACUCCCGUUGUUAGAAAAGCAAAUAAGGGAGAGUCACCAGAGGGCGACAGACGAGCUGCACCAGUGUGGAGACAGCAUCCCCAGCAAUGAAGCCGAUAAAAUGUUCUUUUUGAUCGAGAAAAUCAAGUUGUUUAAUCAGGACAUUGAAAAGCUAAUAGAGGGAGAAGAAGUCGUAAAGGAGAAUGAGACUCGCUUAUACAACAAAAUCCGGGAGGAGUUUGAACACUGGGUGCUCGUGCUCACGGCCAAUACCCAAAAAGUUAAAAAUAUCGUUUCUGAAGAAGUCUCAGUAUAUGAAAAGCAGUAUCGCGGCAAAGAGCUUCUUGGAUUUGUCAACUACAAGACAUUUGAGACCAUAGUGCACCAAUACAUCGAACAGCUGGUGGAGCCCGCGCUCACCAUGCUCCAGAAGACUAUCGAAAUUGUCUGGCAAGCUUUCACCGACACAGCCAAGAAACAUUUUAGCGAAUUUUCCAACCUCAGUCAAACAACCCAGAACAAGAUUGAAGACAUAAAAAUGAGGCAGGCAGAAACCGCAGAAAAUCUGAUCCGACUUCAGUUCAGAAUGGAGCAGCUGGUUUACUGUCAAGACCAGAUUUACAGCGUGGUUCUGAAGAAGGUCCGGGAGGAGGUUUUCAACCCAGUGGGAGAGCCUGCGCAGGAUCUUCAGUUGAAAUUUCCUUUCUCGAAAGAUCUGCCUUCGGUGUCAUCCAACUCUGAGAUCGGGGUGCACCUGAAUGCGUAUUUCUUGGAAACCAGCAAACGUCUCGCCAACCAGAUCCCAUUCAUAAUUCAGUAUUUUGUGCUCCAAGAGAACGGCAGUUGCUUGCAGAAAGCCAUGAUGCAGAUACUACAGGAGAGAGAGCAGUACUCCUGGCUGCUUCAGGAGCACACCGACACCUCUACCAAGAGGAGAUUCCUCAAGGAGAAAAUUUACCGGCUGGCUCAGGCGCGGCGCGCACUCUACACGUUCUUCAAUUAAAGGGGGCAGGUCCAUGGAGGGGCAGCAAUGCUUUUGGGGGGGGGGUUUCUUAUGUGCCUUCCCUGUGAGGGGGACAAGAAGUGGCUUUUCAUGUGGAACCAGGCUUUCCUGCUCUCGCCGGUGUCCAUUUUCAUUGUACUGUGCUCAGCACCAGAGUUUGUAUCUGAAGUCCGCACUCACCUGGGGCGGUCACCUCCGACCUCCCUGAAGAGGUGGCUCUCCAGUCCUUGAGCCUUCUCAAAUACUGCUCUCAUUCUUUGUUAGAUCGUAGGACCCCAGAGGGGUGGGGAGUCAGGAUCCUACUGUUCUUUGGCAUUUCCAGGAUCUUGCAUGGCACCUGGUACACAGGAGCCCCUUCAUAAAUGGUAUCUCGCUGAACAAAUGAAUGAUGGAGACGGGCGCUAUGGCUUAAAUCCAGACUUUGGUGGUUUGAGGCAGUGUCACCUGCUUCCCACUGUUGACUGUCGUCAUGUUUCCAGCCCCCAGGAGAAAUGAGCCUGAGUGAUACCGGUUUUAAUGUGUACUGUUCCCCUGGCUGCGGGGAGCUCCCAUUGCUAUGUUAAGUCUUGAAGAGAUGUUUAAUAAGGAAGAACAUUUUUUUUUAAUGGGCACCUGGCUGCAGUUGGUGAAGCAUCUGUCUUUGGCUCAGGUCAUGAUCCUGGGGUCCUGGGAUCGAGUCCUGCAUCAAGCUCCCUGCUCAGUGGGGAGUCUGCUUCUCCUUCUGCCUGCUGCUCCCUCUACUUGUGCUCUCUCUCUCUCAAAUACAUAAAAUCCUUAAAAAAAAUAAAAUAAAAUGAUGAGCUUCA